AUGAUAUUGACAAAGCUUCGAGUCAGCUCGCAAAAGGUUGGGCUGUUCAUUAGAGCAGUAUCCACACUGAGGAACAACUCUUUCAUUAAAGUCUUUAAGGAUCCAUCAGCGCCUUCAUCACAUAUCCUCACCUAUCUAGACUCGGAUCCCCCAUCAAAAUCGCUCGCCAUCGGGACUACCACAGCGCUUCCCCCAACCCCUCAGUCCUUCAAACAAAACCCCAAGUUCGUCUCGAUCCUCAAUGAGGUCGUGUCCGAAUACGGCCAUCAGGACGAGGACGUAGUCGCACAGGCAAAGGCCUUCGCAAGCCCAGGAGGCUUUAAUCUCGGAUCUGGAGGCUCAUUCUUCCCCGGCCAACGACAACAGCGCCACCAAGGGUCAUCUCGGAAGCAAGGGGGCGGAGGCGGAGCUGGCGGAGAUGGAGCGGGAGGAGCGAGCGCGCAGGGCGGACCAGGCGGCGGAGGCCGCGGCGGAUUCGUUCAUCUGAGUGACCGCAGGAAUCCGCCGGAUUUUGGUCGUAUCGCGUGGCCGGAAGACAUCUUGGGCAGCGUUGAGGUGGAUGGGUCCGGGCAGGUUAUCGGCAAACUGCAGCCAAGCGGAUCGUACAGGAUCGUGACCAACGAAGGGAUCCUUAACUUGAGCCCCUUCUUAAGAGGGAAGCUGAUCGAUAGACUCCGUAAGGAGGAGGCCAAAGAGAGAGGUGCUUGA